CUCAUACCUCUGUAAAUUGUGCGGAAAAUAAUAACAUAGAGCUAGGUUAGAGAGCUCCACGAACACGACACAACAUCCUGUUUGAGUUUAAUUUAUUUGAUUUGUCGUUUUAAGGAUGAAUCCUUGUGUGAUUCCCAAACUGUCAGAAGAUCACGAUGGCGACGAGCGGAAGUUGAGCAUGCACAAACGUUUCGUCCAACAAGCCAAGACAGACGAAUCCGAAAUUUUGUUCAUUGGAGACUCCAUCGUGGAACAGCUACAGUUUUCGAACUUAUGGAUAGAAAAAAUUAGUGCUUUGCAUUGUGUUAAUUUUGGGAUAGGAGGAGACAGGGUUGAAAACGUUUUAUGGAGGAUCCAGAAUGGGGAAUUAGAUUUUAAUGUGAAGCUAAAGGCUGUGGUCUUGUUCGUGGGGACAAACAACACUGAUUGCACCCCUCAUGAAAUUUUUGAAGGAAUUUUGGAAAUUAUUAAGGAAAUUAAACACAGAUUAGGGAGUGUGUUUAUUAUACUGCCGACUUUGUUGCCUCGAGGACAAUACCCUAACACUUACAGAGAAAGAAACGACCACGUUAACACUUUUCUGAUCGAUAAGUUUUCUAAUGAGGCGAAUGCUGAUGAAGUUACAGACAAUGUUUACGUCGUGGAGAUUCAUCACAACAUUGUUCAAAAUGACCAGACGAUUUCGCACCACAUCAUGCACGAUUAUCUGCAUUUGACCAACUCCGCCUAUACGAAAAUCUUUGGGCCUGUGUAUGACAAGCUUUGUGAGCUGCUUCAUAAGUAAUUUAUUGCCUGAUACGUAUGUCAAUAUUUUUGUAAUGGAACUAUACUUUGCUCAUUUAAUAUACAUCGCAGAAUCAA